AUGUCAACCAAAGAGAAACCCGCGACUCAACCAAGCCGCAAGGGUAAGAAAGCGUGGCGGAAAAAUGUUGAUAUUACCCAGGUCGAACAAACGCUUGAAGAGAUAAGAAGUGAAGAACGAACGAUCGGUGGUCGAUUGCGAGACCAAUCCAAUGAACAUCUUUUUGUGGUUGAUACUGUUGGAGAUUCAAAAGUAAAGCAGAAGAUCAAAAAACUACUACGCAUCGAUGAAAUCCUCGCAUCACGUAGUAAGAUUCCAGCAGUCGCUUCAAGACCAUCGAACCUCCAAAAAACGGGAAAGCGCCAAGCAUCUCGUGCCGAAAACGCGAGAUUAGAGCAAAUGGUACAUCGCAAACGGCAUUUACACAUGACUAGUGAUUUGGGAUCUAGUGAGGCGGUGAAACGCGCUGGAACUUAUGAUGUUUGGGAGGCGCAAGAAGACUCUCAAGAAGAUUCAAAUGACUUUUUACAUCCUGCUAAACGAAGAAAAAUUAAAGCACCAGAAACCUUGAAAAAGAAACCUGCAACAAAAGUUGUCUCUGUACAUAUACCACAUCCCGGUGCAAGCUAUAAUCCGACUUUUGAAGAUCAUCAAAAAUUACUUUAUAUAGCGAAUGAGGAAGAAAUUCACAAAGAAGAAGAAUUAAAAAAAUUACAAGAAAAACUUCCGAAAUACACGGAUGCAUCAACUUCUGAACUAAAUCCUCAAGAUAUGAUUGAUCGUAGUUUGCUUGGUUCUGGUAGUGAAGAAGAAGAAGGUGAUGCUGGUAUGGAAGGAGAUGAGGAAAAAGAGCAUGCAGAAGAAAAUCAGAAUCAUACAGUCAAAAACAAGAGCAAAAACGACAAUAACGGGUCUAUAGAAAAAGAGCUUUCAGAACGUGAAAAGAGAGCUAUAGAAAAAACAAAACUUGCUGAAGAAAAAGCAGGGAUGCCUUUAAAGAAACUCGGAAAAUAUCCAGUAACUAAACUACCAAUUGACAUACAAUUACACGAGGAGUUAUCCGAUUCUUUAAGGACUUUAAAACCCGAAGGAAAUCUCUUUCGCGAUCGAAUAGCUAGCUUAGAGGAACGUAAUAUCAUCGAGCCACGAGUUCCUGUUUU